ACAACUCCGUGUUCUGCGCAUGCGCCUUGAACGAAACCGUCCGUCAUGGCCGACAGCAGCUGGACGAGCUCUGCAAAGAGUUUGAAAGGUGUUAUUUUGGAUCUCUGCGGGGUUUUGUAUGACAGUGGAGAGGACGGCGGGACUCCAAUCCCUGGUUCAGUGGAAGCAGUGAAAAGACUCAAAGCAUCGGACCUGAAGCUGCGUUUCUGCACCAAUGAGACCCAGGCCAGCAGAGACAAGUUUGUGGCCAAGCUGCAGAAAAUGGGCUUUGACAUUUCCGUGUGUGAGGUGUUCUCCCCAGCCCCCGCAGCCGUGGCUGUCCUGAAAGACCGGGGGAUGCGACCCCAUCUGCUGGUCUACGAUGGACUUCUCUCUGAGUUCGAGAGUGUUGACCAAACCAACCCUAACUGCGUAGUGGUUGGAGAUGCCGCAGGGAAUUUCACCUACGAGAACCUGAACGAUGCAUUCAGGGUUCUCAUCGGCCUGGAGAAACCAGUGCUGUUCGCGCUCGGAAAAGGGAGGUAUUACAAGGAGGCCGAUGGCUUAAGUCUGGAUGUGGGCCCGUACAUGAAGGCUUUAGAAUACGCCUGUGACGUGGAAGCGGAGGUGAUCGGGAAGCCGUCCUCUGCGUUCUUCCACAGCGUCCUCAGUGACAUGGGCCUUCAGCCUCACCAGGUGAUGAUGGUCGGGGACGACCUCGUUAACGACGUGGGCGGGGCCCAACUCUGUGGAAUGACGGGUCUGCAGGUCCGGACGGGCAAAUAUAGACCCAGCGACCAGCAGCACCGGUCGGUGAAGGCCGACGGCACCGUGGACGACCUGGCCCAGGCUGUGGAUCUCCUCCUGGGGGCGCGGGCCGGGCCUCUCUAGCCUGUAGCACUGGAAGUAGUCGCGGGCUCCUGAAGGAACCCGCAAGUAGUCAUCAAUGCUUUUACGUGACUGUAGACACUUUCCUUUAAGAAUGCAGUCAGAGAAAUGUUGAGCCUUCCUCAGCCAUGACUAAACACACACAAUUAGCCGUGAGCGACAUGCUACGGCUACGCGCACAUGACACUGACGCUAGACAGAGCAACUGGAGCACUCUUGACAAGGUAGCAUUUAACUGUAGCAUGUAGCUUCUGCCAGAGGGGGUCUGCACUGGUCUUAAAGACCCAGAUAGAAACCACCUGUUUGUUGACAGUUUGUCAAUAGCGGUUGUUAUCGUGUGAUAUGUGAAUAGUUGAACUGUGAACGGGCAGUUUGUUAACAUACAGCAAUCAGUGUUUAAGCUCCUUAUGAUGAAUUAUAGAAGAGAAAUACAUUCUGAAUUAUGUAAUAAAGAACAUGUUGACAUGCAUCUGGUUUGGUUCACUGUCCCAGC